AUGGGGAAACCAGCAGGGUAUUGGGUGAAUAAGAUUAGGACAUCAUUUAAAGGAGGAUCGUCUUCAAGCAAAUCAUUAGACGAAGGAAGUACUUCUGGUUCGAGAAAGAACGAUUCGAAGCAUAGUAAGAAUCAGAAAACAGAGGAAGGUAAUAAGAAUGGUGAAGCAGGAGGAUCUCAAGCUGAGAGUGGGAGGAAAGUUAUGAUGAAGAUAAUGUCACACUCCUUCAUGUCACAAGAACACCCGUAG